AUGGCCGACACCAUAGAAACUUUAAUAAGUCAACUCGGAAAUGUUUUGUCGGUCUUUUAUCCCUACGAAAGUCAUCCUCAAAAAAUAUAUCACCUUGAAAACCUGGAAGAAAGCCUUAAAAGAGCAACGAUGCUUAAGCUUUUCAUAAGAAAGCUGAAGCGGAUUCUCUUGCUCUCAGCUUCUAGAGGAGCCAAUGUGAGUGAAAUCGGGUUCGAUGAAGAGAUGGAAGCUGCAAAAGUGGUUCCAUUUGAUGUAAAGAAGGGACAUUUUGCAGUCACUGCAAUCAAGGGUGAAGAACCAAAGAGGUUUAUUGUGGAGUUGAAUUACCUCACUAAUCCAGAUUUCUUGAGCUUACUAGAGCAGGCUAAAGAGGAAUAUGGAUUUAAGCAGGAGGGAGUUCUUGCAGUCCCUUGUCGACCCGAAGAACUACAGAAGAUUCUAGAAAACAGGAGAAAGAGAAGGACAUGCACUGAAUGGUAG